AUGCAGAGUAUCACUCGCUGCUCCCACAACCCCGAGUAUCUCUGUACAAACGGCCAGCUUGUCUUCGCCUCAGCUUCCUCUCACUGGGCAAUGACUGACUUUGCCGGCAUCGCCUCGUCAGGUGUCCAGGCCUGUUCCGCCAUCGCGACCUACAUCAACGCUCUCAAGCAUCGAGAUGAAGAUCUCGCUUCAAUUGGCCGUCAGGCCCAGGCCCUGGAGUCCGUCUUUCAGGCUCUCAGUCAGUCUCUAACGGAGGACUCUUCGGAUCCUUCGACAUCUUCGGCCGCUGCUCAAGUGUCAAGCUCUAUGCAAACGUGCGAGGCUGAAUUGAACAGUUUGAAGCAGCUCAUAGCACGCUUCUCGGAUAGCCUCCAGCCUAAUGCGCGUCCGCAAGACAAAAUCCUUCAACAAGCUACGAAGUUGAAGUACCCAAUGCGGAAGCCAGAUAUUUCUCGAAUUCAAACAUCACUCGGGGUGAUCACAGAAAACCUGAAUCUAGCUCUCCAAAACCUCGGGCUACGUUACAGCCAGCUGGCAAUAAGCAAGUUAAGAGGCCUCGAAGAAGCAGCCGCGCAGGCGUCAACCAGCCUUGAUGCGAUUGGCUCUAGUGUCUCUGCAUUGGAAGGUCUUGUGUCUCCUCUCAAAGAGCAGAUACCCGCUCUCCAGAGCGCUGUUGCUACGAUAUCGCCUCUCGUCAACAGGCAAUCAGAUCUGCAGCUCGCUAAGAUCCAGGAGCUUCAUUCGCAGAGCGCACAGUCAAACGACGCCCUCAGCGAGUGUAUGAUUGGCGUCCAUGUAAAACUGGACGGCUUGCUGGACCGAUUUCAACAGCACUUCACCACUGCGUCGGCAGCAGUUGACGGGCCUGACACGAGGAUGUCGGUUUACAAGCUUGUCUCCAGACCUGCCAGCCUGGCAUCGCUGUGUGGCAGCCUCGAUGAUAUUUCCCAAAAGGCAACAUCCACCAUCAGCGCCCUUCAAGGGACUCCAACGGUCAAUGCGAACUCAUGUCCCUGCCGCCAGAGAUUGGUUCGCAGAAGUAAACGAGUCUCUUUGUGGUCAUGGGGCCUUUGGGAUGACGAAGUCAUUACUUUCAAGCACCUCAAAGGCUGCCAAUACUUCAAUAGCAAUGGCGAUGAGCGGAGCCGGCUCCGAGGAAUCAAGCUCGCAGGCUUUCUCAAGAAUGCCAUCAUCAUCACCUUCUACACGAGUACAGGUGCAGAUCCGUCAGAAGGUCAAUCACAGUGGGAACGCCUUGCUCUCGUAGCAACGCAGAAGCUUGAAAACCUCUUCAAAGAGGGCAAAGCAGGCGCCAAGGACGUCGACUCAAGCAAUCAGUCGCUACUGCAUGCAGCAGCCUGUGUGUCAGAGGCCAUCUCCUCUUGGUCCAAUAUCAGAGGCAAAGCGUAUUGCCCACCCAUCGCACAGUUGGCUACAUUUUUGAUCAAGAGGCAGGUCCCGGCAUCGCUGCGGGAUCUUCGCGGGCGUGAGGCAUUCAAGAUUGCGGUGGGCAGCGGACACUCUUCAACUCCUCUCGCUGCAGCAUUCUAUCCAGAAGAGGCAUCUAUCGAUGCUCAAGUCUAUUGGUCUUGGGUUUGGUCUCCGCUAAAACCGCAAUGGCUUGCCCGUUCUCUCGAGCUUUUUGCUUCGAUCCCAAGAGUAGCUGAAGUAUACCAUGGUCCGCUAUCAUUGGCGAUCUUGUUGAAUGAUCAAGGCCAAAUCCACCGUCUCUUACGAAAGCAUCCAGAAUACCUUGAAGAAAGAGGGAAUUUCAUGGGCUGGACUCCCCUUCACUUGGCCUCUCGCAGGCUGCUCGCCGAUGCCUCGGACCAUUGCAGAGUCUAUUUGGCCCAUGCACUGUUGCAGCGUCGGCAAAUGUUGAAGCAUGUUGCGCAGCAUUACCUUUCGCCUCUGGAAAUCGACAGCUUCGAUUUGCUCGGGCCAGCUGUACUGGACAUAUAUGCUAUGCAGGUUGAUGAAAUUCUUCGCCACAGAGGAUUCAUCGAGUUUGGCCCUUUGUCCACAUAUGUCGAUGAUGAGGGAGGCUGCCAUCGUGAUGGGGCUUCUUCUCCCAUUCAUGAGCUUAGGUCUAUCUAUCACGAACUGUCCACCGUCAAAGAUGCGGAGAUGUACUUUGACCUAGGAUUCCACGAUAUUUCAGCUCGUCUAGACAAGCCUAGAAGGUGGAUGCCACCUCAUGGGUCAUGGUCACCGUGUAUAAGCUUACCCUUUGCGAAUUGGUUGCUGGACCAUGAUGCUCCUCUAUGGGAAUGGGUAGCGCAUUGUGAGAUUCCAUCGUCUGAUGGCCUUGCAAACGGGUUCGUCCUUGCAAUCUUGGGCGACUACGGCGAGCAUCCUUCGGAGCAAGGCAAUAGGGAAGUGGCACGAAUACUAGAAGAGCGGAUAUUGUCGGACCGCUCCAUCGAUCGCUGCGACUGUCGAUGCUCGCUCAGAGGUUGUACGCCUUUUGUGGAAAGGCUGAAGCGAAUUCUGAAUUGGUAUCGCAAAUCAGAAGUUGAGGUUGCCGCCAAAUUUACGACCUACCUGAAGAAGUACGGCAACGCUCUUCAAAGGGAGCACUGGCACGCUGCGAUACGGCUCACCACCUUUCAAUCUCUAGGCAUUAAGCACACGUGCUUAACAAGAAGGCCAAGAGAGCGGGAAUUGGAGGCAGAAGAGAUUGCAGAGAUUCAAGAUGAAGAUGCUGAGCUGUUGGAGAUUUUGGAAUCCUUGGUAGAGGAGUUUGAGGAGCACGCCUUUGAGGCUAUUGAUGCGGCUACAGACAGAGUUGACAGGAUGAUUGCUUUUUGGAACGGCUACUGGGCCGACAGGAUGCAUCAGGUGCUGUCUGAGCUCUCUCGCGCUGAUGAUGAGAGUAAAUUAGCCGCAGAACAUCUGGGUGUUAGCUGGACGGCUGAGACUGACGAAGAAGCAUCUGAGAGCUCUGAAUUGGAAGAGUGGGAUUAUUACUUUCGGAAGAUUGAGGAGAUUGAAUGA